AGCGCUCACUUGUUUGUCUUCCGGUCUCCUUGCAGCAUGGCGAACUUGAAGCAUGCCGAAGAGGACCAAAACCACGUGAAAAUGCCCGGCGAGGCCCCCGCUGCGGGCUCGCCAGUCAAACCGGAUCAGGAGUCGCGUGUGCCGGGCGGAAGCGCCGGCGCCAUCCCGUCAUUCGCGGCCGCCUCGGAGCUGCUGUCGGCGCCGUACUCGUGCCUGGUGCUGAACACCCACCGCAGGCACAUAGCGCUGCCGCCCGUCUACCUGAGCAAGAAGAGGACGGGAAUACAGGAGGAGCUGGACGCCGAGCUGUUGAAGUUCUCCCAGAGUCUCCAUGGGGUUCCUUUAGCAUAUGACAACAUCAGGAUCGCCACCCAACAUGGAGACAUUUACGACGACAGCGGCUACAUCCACAUGGACAUCGAGGCCGACUUUAUCGUGUUCCAGGCCAAAAAGGGACAGAAGCUCCUGGGUAAGGUGAAUAAACUCGGAGUGAGUCACGUGGGCUGCCUCGUACACGGCUGCUUCAACGCCAGCAUCCCCAAACCAAAUCUCGUCUCCGUGGAAACCUGGAGGGACGCCGGGCCGAGGAUCGGGGCGGAGCUGGAGUUCAAGGUGAUGGCGCUGGAUGCUGAUGCUGCAGGGGUGCUGCUAAUCAGAGGACAACUCGACAGGACCAGGGUGCAGGAGCUGAUGGCUAUGAGCGAGAACUCGGAGCCGAGCAUUCCUGCCGGCCAGCAAGAACCACAGGAAGCACAACCGGUCCCAGAGCCGGCCGAGCAGUGCCAUGACGGCACGCCCAAGAAGAAGAAGAAAAAGAAGGAUAAAGAGAGAAUCAAAGAGGAGGAGACGGAGGAAGAGAUACGGAUACCACCGCCGGUUCUGAACGGAUCUACAGGGGAGACGAACAGUGGGGUCACUCCAGAGAAAAAGAAGAAAAAGAAAAAGGAGAAACAUGUGAAAGAAGAGCAGGAUCAGACGGAGGUCUCUGCCAUGGAGGAUCAAAGUUGCUUCAGUGACAAACCGAGCAAGAAAAGGAAGCUUGACAGUUGGACUGACGCACCAUCGGGUGACGAUCCGACACCGAAAAAAUCCAAGAAGAAGAGAAAAACUGACAUUUAGGACUUCACCCAAAGUGGAAGACUCCACAGGUGCCUUUUAAUAUGAACUCACUUUUUGGGCCUGUUUCAAAUUAUUUAUCUGAAGUCAAUAGGGAUUCCUGCAGAAUUCAUCUGUGGCGUCACUGCUCAGCGCGUUGUACUUCCACUACGCUGCCUGAUGGUGGCGCCAAACCACCGCAGAUUAAAAGAGCGGCAGGAGAGAAUCAUGAGGCGAAAGCCUGGCUAGUCUGACAUGAUUAUGUGCCUUUGAACACAAACAGAUCGUUUUGAUAAAAGCUUGACCAUAAAGUGUGGGAUAUAAGGACCGUCCUUCUAAUGCAGCGCAGUUAGUUUUAUCUGCUUUGAAAGAGAUGAAAAAUAAAUAUCUGAAAUGUAUUCUUAUUAGCAGGAUUAUUUGUGGAUGUUUGAAGAAAAAUGUAACAUUUUCAGUAAUGUCAGUUUUGAUAAGGCACAUCACAUUUGAAAAAUCUACAAUUAAAGCCCUUAUUAUUAGUAUAAAAGCUUUUACCGUGUCAAA